UUUAUGGUGAAGAGGGGGUGUGUGUGUUGGGCCAAGAGUUGAUGGCUAGCUAUAAAGAAUGAGCAUAGGGGGGGCAUGAGGGAUGCAAGUAAAGACUGCGAAACAAAGGAAGUAGACGGAAAGGGAGGAGUAAAUGAGGGAGAGAGAGUGGGCGGUGGAUAAAAGCAGAGACGGGACCAUGAGCUGUGCACUCGCCACCGCGUCUUAUGACUCUCUGCCUGCCCGCCUGAGCCCUCGUCGGGUGAAAGAUCAGCACGUCUCUCGAAGGCUUUCGUCUCCACGGGGCUUGGGAGCCCCCGCCUCACCUGCUUUGGCCCGUCGGCUCUCAGCUCUGCCUGGGUCCAACCAGCUUUCUCCAUUCCAGGAGGAUAACAGCCACCAGCAACAUCAGCAGCGCCAGCAUCUCUCCCUGUCGCUAGGUUCUGAAGCCUCGCUGGCGCCCCCUGUGCCUCGGGUGGGCGCUUCCCCACCAUGUUGCCGUGCAGUGGGGAUGGUGCCGCUGCUGCGCCUGGCGCUGCUCAUUUUCAGCUGCCUCUUUUGGGCAGCAGGACUGGCCAUCUUCACCCUGGGCGUCUGGGCGCAAGCCUCCCUGGCUGACUACAUGCUACUGUCUGCUAAUCGCUACCCCAACGCCCCUCUGAUACUGCUAGCCACAGGGGCUGCGGUCACAACCUGGGGUUUCCUUGGGUGUCUGGGGGUGGCGGCCAACCUGCCCUGCCUUCUGCGGGCCUACGGCUUAUUCCAGCUGGCCACGUUGAUGGGAGGGUUGGCUGCUGGUCUUUCGGGGCUCUUCUACAGGGAAGACAUUGCUGGAGGUUUCCGAAGUGGUCUACAGAGGGCAGUGCUUGCGUACGGGGAAGACGAAGGCCGCGCUGAUGCUCUGGACGGCCUCCAGAGGGUGCUGAAGUGCUGUGGGGCAGAAGGCUGGCGUGACUGGCUCUCGUCUGCCUGGGCUACCCAGGAUGCUCUUUCACUAACAGGCAGCUAUGGCAAUGAUACAUAUUCCGUGUCGGUGCCAGACAGCUGCUGCAUACGGCGCAAGGGCUGCCGUAACAGGCCUCUGCCAGAAGGGGGCAGUGAAAGCAUUGAAGCUGUGGGCAUUCACUCGCAUGGUUGCUUCAAAAAAGUCUUCAGUUUCGUCAACGAUAACGUCUUUCACAUCGCUGCUGCUGUGCUGGGGCUUGCUUUUACCCAGGUGGCAGGCAUUGCCCUAGCAUGUCUGCUUGCCAACCGCCUGUCUACUCAGCAUCGUAGACAGGGUCACUAAAAAAGAUCAGCACACAUUUUCAAGAGAAAGACCAGUUCAAAAUAUUUUGUUUCCUAGACAUUUGUUUCUCUAGUCGGA